CAGACCAAACCCACCUCACGUCAUUAACACUCGCCAGGAAAGCAUGUCGGUACAGCUGACAAGACACGCUGGAUGCUAACAAGUAGUCGCUUUUGUCAAACAGCAGCCACGCCAGAAGAGAUCGCAGUCAUUCGUGUUCCUCGCUACUUAGAGAAGCGCAUCGAGAACGUGAAGCAGACUCAAGGCAAAAAUAACAUCAGAACCACCAAAGCUGGUAAACUACUGAUCCAGUGCAAGAACUCUGAUCGGAACCAGUCUGCGGGAUACGUCUUUGGGAAGUUCGAAGAGCCCAUUCUGUGUUCGAAAGGAUGGAAACAUAACAAAUCAUUCGGUGACUAUUUCAUCAUCAACAACACCAAGACUGUUGCACCCUGUGUAGCUGAAAACCAGAAGGAGGACCGCGAACAGAAACCAUCGGGGACCUUUAGUAAUCUUCGUAUUUGCAAGGAGCUGGUGGAAGUUUUGAACAGUAUGAACAUUACCCAUCCCACAACUGUUCAGCUGCAGACAAUUCCAAAGGUCAUCAAAGGUCACAACAUUCUGUGUGCUGCAGAGACAGGGAGUGGCAAAACACUGAGUUACCUUCUGCCUAUUGUUCACAGGCUGCAGGCUAACAGAGAAUCACAGGUGUACUCCGAGAAUGCACACAAAAUUCAAACUGCGGUUCUUGUGCCUUCCAGAGAGCUUGCUGAACAAGUGGCUGCUGUGUCCAGGGCUCUGUGCGCUCCGUUUGGCUUGUUGACAAGGACUGUGGGUGGUGGACGAGGUGUAGGACACAUCAAGCAGGUCUUCAAGAAUAAUCAUCCAGAUGUUCUAGUGGCUACACCUGGUGCUUUGGUUAAGGCCCUGCGGAGACGCUACCUGGACUUGAGUGAGCUGCGCUUCUUGGUGGUCGACGAGGCUGACACGAUGUUCGACCCCAGCUUUUCUGAUCUGCUGGAGAGUAUCCUGCACCACACUGACAUUGCUAGUCAUCCCAAGGAAACACAGUGCCUGGGCCAUAAAGCCCAGUUGCUGGUGGUGGGAGCCACCUUCCCUGGGGGUGUCGGGGAAGUGCUCAGCCAGGUGACAGACCUUGGCAGCAUAGUGGUUAUCAAAAGUAAGAUGCUGCACUUCCUGAUGCCACAUGUCAAGCAGACUUUCCUGAAGGUAAAGGGCGCUGACAAAAUCCUGGAGUUGCACCAAGCCCUGAAGCUGCUCCAGCACGAAAACAGAGGAGGUGCUGCUCUGGUGUUCUGCAACAAGUCUGCCACCGUCAAUUGGCUGGGGUACUUACUAGAUGAGAUGGGGGUACGGUUUUUACGUCUGCAGGGGCAGAUGCCUGCUGCUGUACGUGCAGGAAUCUUCCAGUCCUUUCAGAAGGGAAGCGUAGAUGUGCUCAUAUGCACAGACAUUGCCUCUCGUGGCCUGGACACAUCCCGAGUGCAUUUGGUUGUCAAUUAUGACUUCCCAGAGUCCCACACAGAUUACAUCCACAGAGCUGGAAGAGUGGGGAGAGCAGGAGGUGUGGAGGGCGCAGAGGUGCUCAGCUUUGUUACUCAUCCCUGGGAUGUGGAGCUGGUGCAGAAGAUUGAGACCGCUGCUCGCAGGAGAUCUAGUUUGCCAGGGAUGGAAUCUGGUAUACGUGAGCCAAAGCCCACAGAUGCCAUGGCAGAGGAGUAGAGGUGUUUGUGAGUGGAAAACCUGCUUUUAAUGUCCAAACUCUGUCUGAUUCUCAGCAGAAAUAGUAAACAAGACAUGCCCUGAUUGGUCAGAUGGGUCUGACUGUAGCAGGAUGUAAACUGCUCUUCACUGAAAUGCCCUGGUUGUGUGAGGGAGGGGUAUUCUCCUAAAAUGUAUAUAUAAUUUACUUCACAUUUAUUUAAAUGUGCAUGUGUGGUAAUCAAAAGGAAGAUAAACAGGAGUGACCUGUUUUCCCUAGCUGUGACCUGAAAUAACUGUCAGUCUGUACACCUUAAAUCUUAAUCUUUAUUAAUAGGAAUACUGAAUACACCCUGUGUGUGCUUGAUAUCUAAUAUAAUAAUGUAAUGUUGCCAUGAUUUCUAAAAUUAUCAGAUGUAAAUUUUUGUUAAAAUGAUUUGCAGCAGUUAUUUAGGGUUACGUAUUUCAUGGCGCCUAAUGCAGAGUUUGUCAUAAAAUGUUUUCUGUUCAAAGUAAAAUCUGAUUGCAUAUUGCUUUUCAUCCUGUUUUAUUCACCUCAGCCAUUUAACUGAGCAGCAUUUCAGCUCUGAAGCUCAAGAGUUAGGAUUUGUAAACUUUGUGAAAUGUAGGUAGUUUAAUUCUUGGAGCUGUUUUGAUGAUGAUGAUGUGGCUUCUUUCAGAUGCAAAAAGUGGUAUAAGAAAGUAAUGUGAUGAAUGCAGGAACUUGUUAUUGAUCCAUUGCUGCUGUUGACUUUUUGACCACCACCAACCAAUUAGGAUAUUGUAACAAAGACAUCCAAUCGGCAUCUCAGCACUGGCAAAUUACAGCAAAACUACUGUAUCUGCAUAUAUAGAAACUGGAAAGCACAGUGGGUUGGUUUGUAACUUUUAGACUUUGUAAAGUGUGGAAACCCUUUAAUGAACUGACCUGUGCAUGUUCCAUCAUCUUUCCCUCACAGUCAUAGGGGUGUUUCAGUAAUGUGCACUGCACGUGUUCAGCCACAAGGUGGUGGUGUGUGUCUGUUUCAGUGUUUGCACAUUACUUACCUGCAGGUUAACUGUCCAUACAUGCUCACUGCUCAGCUGUAAACAGUCACAAUCCACCGGUUUCUGGAAGGUUUCGAGGAUUCUAGUACAUUUUAUAUUUCUAUCCAUAAACAACUUGAAAAUCUACCAGAGUGAAGAAAAUCUUUGGGAUCUUAUUACAAAGGUAAUGAUGUUUCAGAAUCAGAAUCAGUUUAUUGGCCAGGUGUGUUGGACACACGAGGAAUCCCAGGAAAAAGCAUUUCUGCACUUCCUCUCAAAUAUUUGAGCUGGUGGUGAUGUUUGGAAACCUUUCA